GUUAAGGUGUUACAUCCGAUGAUUUAAAGCCCAAACAAGUGUUCCCUGACAAGGCUUUAGAGCCGCAAUAGGCAAAAACACGGAUUUACCAGAUUUUGUUAGACAUGAUGUCCACGUUAAAAACCAUCCGGCCGCUGAUGUUCUGCGGACCUUCAGGUUCCGGAAAAAGCACGCUUCUGAAGAAACUGCUGGACGAUUUCCCGGAUAAAUUCGGGUUCAGCGUGAGCCACACCACGCGAAAACCGCGACCGGGCGAGGUCCACGGCAAGCACUAUUUUUUCACCGAAAUGGACGCGAUGAAGGAGGCGAUAAGCGACGGGUUGUUCAUAGAAAACGCCUGCUACGGCGGCAACUUGUACGGCACGAGCCGAAAGGCGGUCGAAUCGGUCGCCAAAGACGGUAAAGUUUGCAUUUUGGACAUAGAGGUGCAGGGCGUCAAGCAGAUUAAGAAGACCGAUUUGAAUCCUUGGAGCGUUUUCGUGAAACCGCCUUCUCUGGAGCACUUGAAGCAACGGCUGGUCGCUAGAAACACGGAGACGGAAGAAACGUUAGCUAGACGGCUGAAAGCAGCGGAGGAAGAAAUGGAAUAUGGAACUUCGGAAGGAAAUUUCGACGUCACCAUCGUCAAUGACAAUCUCGAUCAAGCCUACGAGAAUCUCAAAGAUUUCGUUGUUAAAAAAGUAUUAUCCGAAUUAUAAGCAUUUUCAGUCUGAAAAUUCCAGUGAUGUAUUUAUUCUACAGGGUUGAUCAAGAAUUCCGAAAAACAAUAAUACAGGGUGUUUCAUAAUAUAUGCGCAGGACUUCAGGAUGUGAUAGCUUAUCCAAAAAGAUGCUAUUAACUUACGCUCU